AUGCCUCUCCCUCAGGCUCCGCCCUCUCUCGCACCUCGCCCAUCACUUCCCACCACUGCGGCUCCGGCCAAGAAAUAUCGGCUCAGCAGACGCCGCCGAAAGCAGCUCCGCCGAGCCAGAGAAGAAGAAAAAGCACAAGCACAGGCACAGGCACAGGCACAGGCACAGGCACAGGCACAGAUUGCCGCCGCCGCAGCAGCAGCAGCAGCGACCGAGCAAGACAAAGGUCAAGAAGAAGAAGAAGAAGAAGAAGAAGAAGAAGAAGAAGAAGAAGAGGGCACAGGGAGAGAAGUGCCUGAGGCAAUUUGGUGA